GUUGAUUAGAUCAUGAAUUCGUAAAUACAAUUUAUAGCCUAGUUCUUGGUGGUACGCUGCAGCCUAUAACAUGCAGUGAGGGGGCAUGUUUUAUAGCCAUACAAUUUAUAGCCUUGUUCUCUGUGGUGAGCUACAGGCUAUACCAUGUAGAGAGAGGGCAGGUUUUGCCAGAAUAAUAGGGAAGUUUGAGCUAACGACACGUGUGAGCGCAGCAAACGGAAAAGUUUUCAAUCGGUCACCACUGCACCAGCUAAGACUCCGCGAAGGGACUUCUGCCUUCGUGAAUGCACUGAAUGUCUUUUCUGUAUUACUUAAAGUGGAAAGAAAGAAUGCAGACGUUGAUCUUUAUCGUUUUCAUAAUCGGUCACAGUCAGUCUGAUGAAAGCCAACCGUUAGAUGGAAAUGUCAAUAACUUUGCUGUUGUAAACGGUGCGGUUUACGUCGCCACGGAUGACAAACUCUACCAGAUGGACAGAAACCUUACCGUUGAAAUAAGAAAGGACACGGCGCAACCUAACAGGGUGCAGAUGUUGGUGCCAUUUGGAAAGAACAACACGUUGAUCACCUGUGGAACCUAUGACUGUGGGUACUGUGAUGUGCUAGAUUUGAAAAAUAUUUCAAAAACUGUACAUACAGAACAAAUCGCUGUAGCUUCAGUCCAUCCCAAUGAAUCAUCCUUCGCUUUCCUGGUCGACAUCGGAGAGAGAACAAAUAACACAUACCUUCUGUCCGGAGCGGUGCCACAAUUGCGUAACUGCGUGGCCGAUAUUUUUUUCAUAACUCUUAGAAACACAAAUGAUUCCCAGGACCGUGGAAUAUUCUCAGCGUCUGAAGAUGAAUAUGGUACACCCCAGAUCAGAAGUAGAUCAGCGCAGUGGGUGGAUUUGGACUUUGUGGAUGGCUUCCCGUGGAAGAACCACUUUUAUAUAUUAAUUAAUUUCAACAUAAGGAGUCCUCAAUCACGAGUUCGACUACUGACUAUUAAGAGAGGAAAUAAAAAGAGAGAUACACUGCAAUCCUUCAGAGGUACAACCCUCCAGUGCUGCGGGAGCAAAUACUACACACGACUAGCCUCAUCGGCAGUGGUUGGAGGUUCCCCUCUUCUUUGGGCAGGUAUCUUCAAAGUCGGUAACUCGCUCGACCCGGAGAGUACAGCACUAGCCAUUUUUAAUAUCACUCCAAGAGACUCUCCUGGACGGGAGGAUCCGGAUUUUAGGGCGGAACCGUCCUCUAGUACAAAUAAGGAAGAGUCAGAAACCAAAGAGUCAGAAACCGUCGCACCAUUGGCCGUUUACAAGUACCGGUCGAUGACGUCAGUGGCCACCGUGACUGCCAGUUCCUGGCUGGUGUUCUUUAUCGGGACAGCAGAUGGGCAGCUAAUCAAGAUUUCAAUGGACAAGGCCAUGAAACCAACCUGUCCUAUCGUCCUGUACAAAUCUGGCGACGACCGUCCUGUGCAUUCCAAAAUGAUUUUGGACCCCGUAGACAAGAAGCACAUCUACUUGGCAUUGGGAAAUCAGAUGAAGCGGGUGGCCGUGGCUCAGUGCUGGAGGUACAGCAGCAUGAGGGACUGCUGGUUUUCCCAUGAUCCCUUCUGUGGCUGGUGUUCUUCUCAGAGCAGGUGCACAUUUCAUGACGAGUGCCUCACGUCAACAUGGAUCUCCAUUCCUGACGGUUCGCUGCAGGAACGAAUGAUUUCCUUCUGCGCGGAGGAAACGCCAUCUCGCGAGAAGGUCAUAUUGAAUGUGACAGCUCACCUGAAGGUGGUAGCUACAGGAAGUCCCGCCUUCUCUUGCGCCUUCACCACUGAGCGUGGGGAGAGUCUGUGUGCCGGGUCUGGUGAUACCGCGGCAUUCCCCAGCUGCUCCUGCGUCUUCCUCAGGGACAAGUUUCCUGCAGGCCUGGGUGUAACAGUGAAGAUCACUAUUGACAACCAGAUAGUCUCUGAAUCCUGGAAUUUGAAGAACUGCUCUCUCAUCCAAGGAGGUCCCACGUCUGCCCUGUGCUCAGAGUGUGUGGCAGCUGGCUGCCUGUGGUCUUUCACACAACACACUUGCUCCUGGAUGCCUUGGUCCUCACACGAGAGUUACACACAGGGCACAUGUCAGAACUACUCUUCUGGACUGAAUAUCUCUAAACCAGAAAUUUACUCAAUAACACCAAGUGAAAUAUCCUUCUAUGGAAAAAACAAUGCAACCAUCACAGGGAAAAACCUUGAUCAUGUGACUAAACUACAUAUCCGUGGAGACAUGGGCUGCAAUCAGAUGGAGGUUCCAUUCCACAGCCGCUCCAGUGACAGGCUGACGCUGCAUGUUCCGGGUGGGAGCAAGGGCCGAAUGACUGUUUGUGUAGAACUCCCGGACGGGACGUGUUAUGGGUCGGCCGAAAUCACCUACAGAUCCCUACCGUCCUGCACUGGGCUGUCGCCGGACUCCAGCUGGGCCAGUGGGGGGAGAGCAGUCAGUGUCCUGGGCACAAACCUGCAGUUUGUGGACGAGAUAGAGCAUUUGGACCCCCCACAGACGCUUGGUGUUCAUUUCAGCUCUUCGAAUCUCCAGUAUUACACUCCUUCUGUUGGAACGGGAACGAGAAGAAAUGUCACCGUCAGACUGAAGGUUGCAAAUGAAACGAUUGCAUGUGCGACCCUCACCUACCACCCAGAUCCAGAGUUCAUCCGCUUCACUACAUCACCAUCCGGAGAUGAUUUGCGCAUCACUGUUGAGAAAAAAGUGGACAAACUGAACAUAUCCAGGGAGGAGCUGAAUAUAUACGCGCUGGAGGGUGAUGUAGAACACAAAUGUCAGCUGGAUAAAAUUGAACCAAGUCACUCUUCAGGGAUGGAUUCCAUUGACUGUGAAAUACACAACAAGGCUAAUGCCAAGAUAGAGUCAGUGAAGAUAUAUUUGGGAAAUCAUCAAUUUGAAGUAAAAGAGCCACAAAAGACGUUGUACUUGAUUGUAUUGGUCAUCUGUAUCAUCGUUUUGAUUUUUCCUGCUGUUGGAUGCACCGCGUGGAUUUACCGCUCGAAACAGAGGAAACUGUCGGAACGAAUGAACGAAUAUGUGGAGCUGCUGGAGUGCGACAUCAGAAAAGAGAUUCGGCAAGGCUUUGUAGAUAUGCAGACACAAAAAAUGGAUUUGACAGAAAAUGUUGGAGUGAUCCCUUUCUUAGACUACAAGCAUUUCGCUUCUAGAAUCUUCUUCCCUGAUCAGGUAACUAUGAGUGGUUUCCUUAAAGACCUGGACCAGGCCUCAGAGAAUGCACAGAUGGACAGGAGGUGUGAGGCUUUGUCUGCCCUAAUCCGGAACCGGCUCUUCCUCACCUCCUUUGUCCACGCCCUGGAGGAACAGAAACACUUCAGCAUUAAUGAUAAGUGCCACGUGGCCUCCUUGCUGACCCUGGCCCUGCACAGUGACCUCCCCUACCUGACCGAGGUGAUGGAGGUCCUCCUCCGGGCCCUCAUGGACCAGUACAGCAACACCCAACCCAAACUCAUGCUGCGGAGCACCAAGUCCAUCGUGGAGAAGCUCCUGACCAACUGGAUGUCCAUCUGCCUUUACGGCUUCCUGCGGGAGUCUGUGGGGCAGCCCCUGUUCCUGCUGGUGUCGGCGCUGAACCAGCAGAUCUCCCGGGGUCCCGUGGACUCGGUGACGGAGAAGGCGCUAUACACGCUGAACGAGGACUGGCUGCUGUGGCAGGCGCAGGACUUCAGCGCCCUGAAGUUGAAUGUGUCCUUCGACGUGGUGUCGGUGGGGGAGGGCAGCUCCCCCCUGGAGGUCAGCGUGCUGGACUGCGACACGGUGGAGCAGGCGAAGGAGAAAAUUCUAGGGGCCUUCAAGAGCAAGUUUGGCUUCCCCUACAGUGGGCAGCUCCCAGACAUUGACAUUGCAUAUGAGAAAGGAGGCCAGUCUGUCCUGCUACAGGAAGUGGAUCAGAGUUCAGAGGUCAUGGGUUCCGUGACCAUGCUCAACACCCUCAGGCACUACCAGAUUCCCGAUGGAGCCUCUGUCAAAGUCAUCACAAAACAAGCCCACGCCCCUUUGAGCACACAAGUCAGUUUGAAGGAUGAUAGGAACUACUCCAUUAAGUACUUCCACUUGAUCGAUCCUGAUAUUGAUUGUGCCCAGGGAGGGAAUCCAGAGAGGAAGAAGCUGAAGCUCAAAGAGAUCUAUCUGACAAAACUGCUCUCCACCAAGGUGGCCGUGCACUCCUACGUGGAGAAGCUGUUCAGGACGAUUUGGGGCACCGCCAACAGCAGAGUCCCGCCCGCAGUCAAGUACUUCUUCGACUUCCUGGACGCUCAGGGAGAGAGCAAGAAAAUCAGCGACCCGGAUGUGCUCCACAUCUGGAAAACCAACAGCCUGCCCCUGCGCUUCUGGGUGAACAUUCUGAAGAACCCCCAGUUUGUGUUCGACAUGGAGAAGACGCCGCUUCUGGACAGCUGUCUGUCCGUCAUUGCCCAGGCCUUCAUGGACUCCUUCUCAUUGGCCGAGCAGCAGCUGGACAAGCAUUCUCCCACCAACAAACUCCUCUAUGCCAAAGACAUCCCCCAGUACAAGCUGGAGGUGAAGGCCUACUACAAGCAAGUGGGAGAUCUGCCUGGGUUUUCCAGCGAAGAUUUCAAGGCUUUCCUGCAGGAAGAAUCAGAGAAACACGAAAAUGAAUUCAACGAAACGGCCGCACUGCAAGAAAUCUACAAGUACUUGCAUCAGAACUUCAACGCGGUAGAGGAGAAGCUGGUACAGAAUGGGGCUUCCAGUGAGCUGAAGGAGAAGCUGCAGCAGGUCAAGGAUUUGUUCACCAAUGACAAGAGCUGUUCCUGGGACUGACCUCCCUCCUGCCGCACACGCCCAAGAGACAUGUUUAUUGGCCGGAAGGGCUGUUCCUGGGAUCGACCUCCCUCCUGCCGCAUAGACCCAACAGACAUGUUUAUUGGCUGGAAGAGCUGUUUCUUGGAUCAAAGUUCUUCCCUCACCGUCACACAGCUCAAGCAGGUGAUGGACCCAGGCUGCCGGGCUCUUCUAUGGCCACUAUGGAAGCCAGGCCGGCUGCCUCCAGUCAGCAGCCCUGAGGAAACUCAGACUGAAAACUUUUAAGCACACGGCUGAUCUCACAUUUCAGGGCAGAGGGCAGACAGUUGCUGUUGUUAUUCCUCAGGUUAAAGGUCUUCGUGCCUUAUGCACUUUGGGGUCCCACGCUAAUGGGUAUUCCUCACCUGCAUGAAUUAUUGAAAGAAUGUUCCGCAGGCUUCUUUGAACAGACUAGCAAAAUCACAAUGCACUAACCAUGGCCACGUGUUUGGCCGUCCUGUUUUACCUCAUACAUCUUCACUUUGGCAUUUGCUUCUGUAAAACAGUCACAACUGAUCAGUUAAAACAGGUUAACAGCCCCAAUUAAAGGGUAGUUUUGUGAUUUAGGAUAAACUGUGAUCUACCAUAAUCAAAAAAUACUCUCUCAUCGCUACUUCUAGGGAACGUCUGUGAGGAACAUAUGUUGUCUUAUAAAAGGUCAAGUUAAUUAGCUCAUGCCUUAUAGUCAGUGACCCCCUGCGGAAAGCAAUGGCUCUUAAGUCUGGUGGUUUCUGCACAAAGCCAGUAAGCAGUCAGGCUGCGUCAGGCUUACCCAUUCGGAGCUUAUCUUCAUUUCUGUGGUGUAAAACAGGCUGAGGUGCUUCAGAUACACAAGCAUUCCAUCAGCUGCAAUGUCGAAUGCAUCUUGUUUCAGUGAUUUUGCUGUUAAAUAUGCUGUUAAAGUGCUACGCUCCACCGGGCCAAUCAGUGUAGCCUGACGUGUUUCAGUGCUUGGGUACUUACAUGUGCAAUAUAGGCUUGCACGACUGUGAAAGAGUACAUUAAUGCUACAGCAUAGCAGUUAUGCAUGUUUUUUUUAAAUGAAUUUUGCUGGAGAAAGUUAUUCACAGGUUACUGUUUAUAUCUAACUGAACACAUGCUACUGCUCUGGAAGGUUUAUUUGGUGAUAUACCUAAUGUACAUGCAAAUUUACUUACUUCGUAUUUUAAUAAUACUUUAUUAAAUACUGUGUGUCUCUUGCUGAUAUUUUAACAACAAACAGGAAGAUUUAAAAAAUGAGAAACAGGUCAGUAAGCAGGAUCUUAUUUUAAACUGGUUUCUUGGGUGUAAUGACACUUUCAAAACGUAACGCCAACUGCCUGCUAGAACUGCCGUUCCGCUUUUUACAGCACAAGCAAAAGAGCGUGUUCUUUGAAAAGCUCAGUGUUGAGUAGGCUCAAAUCCUUUCUCUAGUGAAAUGAGUUUCAAAACGCCUCUGCAAAACCGUACGGGGUAGAAUCACGAUGAGCCGAACGAUGAGUAGCGGCUUUUCUAUUUGCGAAGUGUGUGCUGACCCCAAGCCCGUUAGGGCAUUUGAAGCCUGGAAGAAGCAAUCUUGUGAGGAAAUGCGUAUUAGAGCAAAGGCAGUGGCAACUCGCGCUUUGCGUGGACUUAUUCAUGGUUUUUCGGUUUGCACUGUGAGGACCUUGCCCAAGCACGGGGAGUUCCCGAAUCAGUCCAUGUUCAGUGCGUACAGGAAGUAUCGAGUUUGGAGGAAGUUAUCUUUGAGUGUGAGUGACACAACUAAAUUCAAACAAUGGACAAAUCAAGGUUAAAUAUAUCCAGGGGUGUGAAUUUUUUCUUCUACAAUUUCUACAGAUUAGCAUGUUGUCUCCUUGGAAGCCAAAAAAAGACCAUGCUAAAUUAAAAGUGAACUGUUAUAAAUGCAAGCAAAGGAUAAGUAUUUAAAAAGGCUAUUAGUGGAGUUUUGCUGGUUGCAAAAAACCUAAGGCCCAGACCUAGCCAAGCCACAAAUGUACACACACACAUUCUACAUUAUGAGCCUGGAAAUGACUGAUUAAUAAUUGAUGGAGCAGUCCCAGAUGCCCGUUAGCCGUGGUCCCUGAAAUAUGGUCAGACCCUAACAGUCUGUAUGUUGCUGCUUGAACUUCGCUUUGCCUGAGUUUUUCUAUUAACUGUUCAGUGCCCUAACCGACUUUAGGGUGUAAGUGUGCCAAAUAAUAAAAUGGAGUGACUGAACUCAACUCUUCUUAAACCAGAAGGCCUUGGCUGCUGACACUUUGAUUUUACUUUGAUUAAAACCAUCA